UAAACCUUUUCAUGUUGAUAUCCAGUUACGCCCUCCUCAGAUCCAAGAAGCAAUGUGCAAGGGCUGCCACCACCCCCAGCGAGCCUCCAUGGUCCCCGGGCUCUCGCUGGAGUACAGGGGCGGCCCAUUCCUGAAGAAGCAGAGUGUCGAGCCGGAGAUCUUCACCUUCGAGCCAUUCACACCGGUCAAGAGCUGUGCGUCGGUCAGUGGCCGGAGCCCGGGAAGGCGCCGAGCUGUUAAAGUCCUCUAUCCAGCCCAGGUCAGAAAGUAUCUCCCGCCGGAAAAGAAGGACUGGGUGAAGAGGAUGUUCUUCCUGUUCCUGGCCAUUGUCCUGCUCCAGGUGUACGAAGCCACAGAGGGCAACGAGGAGCUCGCUGCUCCGGCGGCACCAGGCGACGUGACUCCGUUGUUGCCCACUAACAGAUCCGCCCUGGUACUGCCAAACCUGCCCAUAUCGGGGGCUGGAGCCAGCCCAGCCGUGGGGAUCCCACGGGUCAGAAUCGCUGGAUCAAUCGUCCAUGUGUGCAGACGGAACGGGUCGUCGCUCCACCAGGGAAUUGCCAGAGAUCUUCCCGAUCGGCGGUGCGUCGUCUUGGGCCUCCGUGUGGUCAAGAGCGGGGACGGCUUGAAAUCCGGUUCCCUUGCACGGUGAAGAGAUGCCGCCGCACUCUGGCGCUGGGAAGUUUGACUCGGGCUCUUCUCGCCUAAUAAGAUGAUGCACGGUGUCAGCUCGAUCGCUUGCAACUUAGAGGGGAUGUGGAGGGGAUCUUUUCAGGUCUUGUCAGGACUCGGGGCUUGAAUGUGGCGGUCACUCUCUGCAGGAAUUUGCAGACAGAGAGAGUAACUGUUAAACUUCGCCACGUUGGCUUCGUCAGCUAUUAGGCUACCCCCACAGCAUAUGCCAACAAUCCUCGGACAGUGAAUCCCACCUGACCAGUACAUUAAAUAUUAUCUAUUUAUCUAAUAUUUCCUAUUUUUCUAAUAAUCCUCCCUGCAGGACUUUGCAGGCGGAGGAGGUAACUGUUAAACGUCGACCACGUUUAAUUAUUCGUCAUUUAUUAGGCUACCCCAUAGCAAAGCUGGGGCAGUAAAUGCCACCUAACUGUAUAUUAAACAUUAUCUAUUUAUCUAAUAUUUUAUUUGUGUGCUUGCUGUGCGAGCGACUUUUGUUUGAUUGAUGGAAAUAUAAUGUAUCUUGGAACACAAACUGUUCAGGUCUCGCUCUGAGUACCUGUUUGUAACUUCAUUCACAAAAGUUUAAACCAUAUGAAUUGUAUGUUCUGAGAACACAUGUCAAUAAACUAUUUUUGGGGAAUAUCUUAGCUUAUGGUUUUACUAAUAGGCAAUAAGGAACUUUUUUACAUAAGCACAAUGGUAAUUGCAACACAGACAAAAUGCUGGGGGAAUGCAGUAGGUCAGGUACCAUCUAUAGGAAGAAGUACAGUCCUGACGAAAGGUCUUGGCUCGAAACGUCGACUCUAGUUCUUCCUAUAGAUGCUGUGUUUCCCCUAGCAUUUUGCGUGUGUUGCUUGGAUUUCCAGCAUCUGCAGAUUUCUUCAUAUUUACGUUCAAUGGUUAUUGCAAUGUUCUGAAGCCUAAUUCUGGACAGACCACCGGCAUUUUAAUAUUCUAUCUUUGUGUUCCAAUACUACAUCAAGCAAGAGCAAGUUCAUCAUUUCCCACCUUAAUUCAACUGUAAAUGACCUAUAAGCACUGAAAAAUGCCCAUGUCACUGCUGUGGUUUAGCUGUGAGUUAAUGAAUAAACAUUAGUGAGUUACAAUUAGGUAAGCAAGUCUUGUGGUCAGAGUGCAUUUUUCCUGUGAGUGUAUUUCCUCUGGGUGCUCCAGUUUCUUCCCACAGUACAAAGACCUACCAGUUAGUAGGUUACAUCGUUGUAAAUUGUCCUGUAAAUAGACCAAGGUUAAAUUGGUGGGCUGCUGGGCAGCGCGGCUCAGCAGGCUAGAAAGGCCUGUUCUAUGUUGUAUCGACUAAAUGUGUCAGAGAGACACACUGACAGCCUUUCUAAAGCUUCCAUGUCAUUCCUGUAAAUGAGGCAACCAAAAGCGAAUACAAUACUCCCUGUGUGGUUGUAUCCAGAGAUACCGGCCAUGUGACAGAUGCACUGCCACCUGGCUGGUCGGAGGACACACCAUAUGCCAAUCAACAUUUGGUCCCUCCCAACUAAUCAGUGCACACCUAAAUUACUGGUCACUUUAAUUUAAUUAUCUCGCCCAGCCCCAUGCUAUAAAAGGUGAGACUUGUCCCUGAAUCAACCUCUCUUACAGACCACCACAUUGGAGGUAAGUGCAUUGAUUUAUGCUUGGGAAGGUCUAUCGUUUGUCCUGGUAAGGGAGCCGCAGCUAUCCAAGGUCAAGGGGGAUAGCUGUCGUAGUGCUUUUCCCUUGUUCUUUGUUUGUGUAACUGUACCCUGUCCCCACACCGCUUCUUGUGUAUUGUAGUUGCUUGUGUUGACCUGACUUCCCCUUGUAAAUAAAUUCCUUAUUAUUAAAACUGUG